CACUGUAUAUGUUGAGUUGUAACCGCGGUCGCCAUGCCAUGCGGUUGUUUCGUGAUUGACAAUUUCGUUCUUGAAUAUAUCGUUAGAAAUGUGUUUGAGAAAUUAUUUUCUUUGUUUUAAAAAAAAAAAUUUAUAAGGUGAUAGUGUCGAGAAAGUGAGUGCAUAAUUACUAUGAAGCGACAAAUGACGUUUUGUUGAAAAUUAAAACCUUGAACCCCCCCUGUCAGUUAGAAGAGGUUGGAUACAGCAGUUACAGUUUGAAUCCGACGAUGCAUUCUGUACAUAAGGAGAAACAGUUUUCUGUUGCAGGUGAUAUCAAGGAAUGUGCUUCACUUCCGUCAAGUCGUUACCGAAACAAAGGGGGAUUUAUAAAAACCGGGAACGAAGCCAGCCAGAAUAAUCUGAGUUUAUCGAUCGACUCUUUGUUGCCAACUUGGCAACAGCAAACUCCCGGAAUUACGAAUGAAAUGUUCUAUAUAGUAAAACAGUUGGCAAAUCAGGUUUGCUUUUCAUAUCUUUACGAAGAAUGAUAUAUAUCAAAUUCCAUUUCUUUUCCCGGAUAUUUUAUGUUUAAAUCAUUUCCCUAGCAAUGAUUAAUUACAAUUUUGAUAUCAGGCUCUAUCAAGUGUAUUUAAUUAUUUGAUUUUAAUUAAUUUUUAAGCUUUUAUUGCCAUUUUAUUUAUUUUAAUUGUUGAUAUCAAAAAAAAUUAUUUAUUUAGUUUUAGAAGUAUAUUUCUUUAAACUAUUUGAAACAUAUAUAUGCAAUGAAUGUAUAUGAAUGUAAUAUUUAAAUAUAAUUUGUACAUCUUAUUUUAUCUAUCAGUGCCAAAAAUUCAUUCCAAC